AUGACGUGCGUAGGAAGCUAUGAGGACGUGAAGCAGAGCCUGCGCGAGUCCAUCAUCUGCAUCUUUCGCGAGCGGCUCCGCAAGGAGAGUUCCGCGGUGCCAGGGAAGCCUUUGACAGGCCAGGCACGAGAGGACUUCGUCUCCAACACGUACGCGUACUUGCAACUCUCCGCCGCGAAGCUGCUGGACAAGAAGAUGCGGCCUGAUGCCACCGGCGAGUCUGCCUUCGGCGCUGCGAGGCUCCAGGCGCAGCGCUGCUCGCGCCUGGCCUAUGAGGCCGAGUUGGUGGGAAAUUGGGACCGUGCGGCGCAGCUUCUCCAGAAUCGCUUCCUCAUCCAGGGCCUCAGCUUACGCGAGGAUCCGGAGGAGUGGCUGGGCUUCGCCAAGUUCUGCGCCCGGCGCCGGAACCGCCAGGCCGCGGCGGAGGAGGCCCUGUGCCAGGCGGCCAAGCUCCUGGGCGCGGGGAAGGAGGUCUCCAAGGAAGUGGCGCUGGAGGCCGCGUUUCGAGCGGUGAGCGAACGUCUUUAA